UGACAUUCAGCAUGAGAGCGGGCAACCCCUCGCUAGUACAAAGUUAUGUCGGCAAUCGUUUUUCGAAGUGUGUUGUUUCCAACGCGAGCUAUGGAGGCGAUAUCAGAAGCGGCGAUGUCGAGCGACCGAUCGUCGUCGAGGAGAGGUGGAGGAGGGGGGUUAUCUAACUCUGAAGCCGGCUUGCGAGAGGGUGCUUACAGUGCUAUUGGCGCGCAGAUGCAGAUGUCCUCGCGCGGGCCAGCUGCAGCCACCGCCGCCGCCGCCGCCGCCGCCGCCGCAGCUGCAGCUGCAGUAAGCGCGGGAGGAGCGGGAAGAGGCGGAAGCGUCGUCGGUGUGAGUGGGGAAGAUCUUGCAUCGACCACGAACGGUGCCUCUUCGUCGUCAGCGGACCUUCCUGGCUCGGCGGUACCGAAGCUGGUACCUUACCUGUCCCGGUCUCGGCGGCACCUGCCGGCGAGCUCGGAGUCCCCAGAACUCCGUCUUGAUGAGCUGAGAGCGCUUUUCAACAAGGCGAAUGGAGACCCUCUACGCAUUCGCGGAAUCGGCGCCGGCGCUUGGGGUAGUGUUUUCAUCGCGCUCCUGGUCGACAUGUAUGGCCAUCUUCAAGAUAAGAUCGAUAUUCGGAUAUGGCGGCGCCCGGGUCGGGCUCUCGACAAGGAGUUUUCAGAACGUCUCUUCUCCAUCAUCAACAGCCGAGAGGAUGUGUUGCGGCGAUUACUUCGCCGCUGCGCCUAUCUUAAGUACGUGGAGGCGAGGCUAGGCGAUCGAGUCUUGUAUGCGGAGGAGAUCCUCAGAGAUGGAUUCUGUGUGAAUAUGGUGGACACUCCGUUGUGUCCCCUCCGAGUCGUGACCAAUCUCCAAGAAGCGGUGUGGGACGCAGACAUCGUGGUGAACGGAGUGCCGUCGACGGAGACGAGAGCGGUGUUUAAGGACAUCGGAUCAAUCUGGAGGGAGAGAAGUCUUCCACCUGCAGUGAUUAUCAGUCUGGCCAAGGGAGUCGAGGCGGCUCUUGAGCCUUUCCCUCAUAUCCUCACGCCGACGCUGAUCAUACAUCAAGCGACGGGAGUGCCCAUGGAGAACUUACUCUACCUAGGGGGACCAAACAUUGCAGCAGAGAUUUAUUCCCGUGAAUAUGCCAAUGCAAGGCUCUGUGGAAGUGAAAAGUGGCGAAAGCCUUUGUCUCGAUUCAUACGGCAGCCCCAUUUUGCUGUAUGGGACAACAGUGACCUCGUCACACACGAGGUCAUGGGUGGACUCAAGAAUGUUUAUGCUAUUGGAGCAGGCAUUGUUGCAGAGCUGACAAGGGAGAGUGCUACCUGUAAGUCUGUGUAUUUUGCACACAGCACAUCCGAGAUGAUCUACAUCACACAGCUCCUCACCGAGGAGCCUGAGAGUCUCACUGGACCACUUCUUGCCGAUACUUACGUGACUCUGCUCAAGGGAAGGAAUGCAUGGUAUGGACAGCAACUGGCUUCAGGCGUUCUGACCCCUUCAAUGGGUGACAGUGUGAAGGGAAAGGGAAUGAUACAGGGAGUAUCGGCAGUUGCGGCAUUUCAUGAUCUCUUGAGCCAUGAGAGCUUGCGUGUGCCCCAUCCGGAAACGGACCAGAAGGUUCCCCCCAUCGAGCUUUGCCCCAUCUUAAAGACCCUGUACAUGAUUCUCCACUCCAGAGAGGUGGGCGUGGAGGAGAUUCUUGAUGUGUUGCGAGAUAAGCAUGACCCACGGGACCGCAUUGCACUUGCGCACACAUGCGGCAUCCCACGGAUUCUGAUGGGAUUCCCUGAGUUAUUACAGAAUGUACAGUGAUGUGAGAGCCAAUGUCUACUUGCCAUUUUUAAGGAUUCCUUACUACCUUUUUUUUAUAUAUAAUUCAAAGGUCAGUUGGUUUUGCUUUACAGAUUGGUAUCCCUUAUGUCCUCCCUGGGUGGAUGUCAUUUGUGCCCAAAAUCUGGGCUUAUCUUCCUUGUGUGCUGUCUGCUUAUUGUUCGAGUACCACAUCACGCAGUGUCUUGCUACAGGUCUCUUCCUUCAGCACAUGCAGUUUGAAAUGCGCCCAAACAAAGAUCAUCGUGUGGUUCAUUUUGGGGCCACAAUAGGUUCAAUCCUAUUUUGAUGUGUUGUUAGGAAAAAUUGUGUGUGUGCGCGCGCGCGCGCUUGUGUAUGUGUAUGUGUAUGUGUGUGUGUGUGUGUGUGUGUGUGUGUGUGUGUGUGUGUGUGUGUGCAUGUUGUAAAUGUGUUAGGACUGUUAACAGGUCUUCCUCUUUUGUAAAUGUGUAAGAUCAUCCAUACAGUUUGUAUAUCUGUGCAAAAAAGGAAGGAUAUGUAAGUUCACUUGGGGCAUGGCAUGGAAGACGGGAAGGAUGGCGGCAUGGAAGACCGGAAGGAAGGAGGGAGGAUCUGAUGGGAGGGUAAGCCUUGCAGGUCAAGGCGAGGAAAUAAUAAGUCGGCGCAGCAGUUAUGCUGCUGUGGAGUAAAUUUGCUGGUUCUUUAAACUUCUUUUGACUUUGGCACAGCAGUUCUGCUGCUGUGAGGUAAAUUUGCUGGGUUCUUUUGGUGGGGCAACUUGUGAACCCAUUUGCCUGGGAUCUCCAAGGGGGAUGAGGAUGUAUGUGAAUGAGGAGAAUGUUCAAUGUAUAUUGAGCGGACGCCGGGCGGUCUUAAAUUUGGGUGCUACCUACCUACAGAUAUUUCAUAGUUCAGCAAUACACUAAAACUUGAGCUUGCCGGGUGGGAAAGGAUACAAUGAAGAAUCCUUUCUAGCAUGUUCAACUGUGCAAUAAACAGUCUUUGGUAAUUGCUCUGCGCUCUUCUCUGCUCUUCUCUGCUCUUCUCUGCUCUUCUCUGCUCUGCUCUGCUCUUCUCUGCUCUGCUCUGAUCUGAUCUCCUCUGCUCGGCUCUGCUCUGCUGCAGAGAGAUUGUGUCCAGAUUUGAAGGACGUCAAUUGACAGCAUUUAUAUUUGCAGAAGGUUGUCUGUUGAAAACUUCGUACUCGGUACACAGGCAUCAGAGGGGCAGCCGUGGAUAACUUUUUUUUUUUUCAAAAGGGCGACGGUCUUGAGAUCUAAUCAUUCAACUGACCAGCCCUAGAUUAUCGAGAAUUGUCGUAUUUUGUUCAUCCGCUUCAUGUGGAGUACGAACUCAGGUCUGUAUUUCAACAGUUGAUGGGGUGUGCCAACUGAGCUAGGCCAGUUGUUUUCGGCUGACAAGCUGAAAACAUUCUUUUCGCGUGCUCUUAAAUCUUUGAGACACUUUUUUUGUUUGUUUGGAUUUCAAUAUAAGGGUGGCAUUUCCCAUCGCCGAGUGGGAAGCAUCCGAGCGUUGGUUGAAAAUAAGGGUGUCGAUAUAAGGGUGGCAUUUCCCAUCGCCGAGUGGGAAGCAUCCGAGCGUUGGUCGAAAAUAAGGGUGUCGAUAUAAGGGUCCACUUUGAUGCUUUUCCUGUUCUCAUGCUGGAGUUUCACAGUCCUCUCCUGUAUUGCACAUGCUUGGAGGUGAGAAUGGGAACAGUCGUUUUUGAGGCGCAUUUCUGGAGUGAAUAUUAAGCCAUUGGUUUAAUUAACUUUAAUAUUAUAGUUUUAUUUGCGGUGAUGGUUGGGGACAGAGUAAAAGGGGGCAAAACUG